CCCACCUCCGCCGUCCACCACCGCCUCCCUCCGCCGCCCUCACCACAAGUUCUUAUUACUUGUGAUUGGAAAUUUUUACAUUGUCGCAACUUGUCGGAUUCUUCUUCUCUUCGGUCUCCAUCGUCACGUAGAUUGUGAUCUUGGGCCGAGGUAACAUCAUUGGAGGGAUUGGUUUCCGGGUUUUGUUUGUUUCGUUAGUCCGCUUUGGCCAUGGCGGACAUCGUGAAGCAGAUCCUAGCGCGGCCGAUACAGCUGGCGGACCAGGUCACGAAGGCUGCGGAUGAAGUGAACAUAUCAUUCAGGCAGGACUGCGCCGAGAUCAAGGCUAAGACAGAGAAGCUGGCAGGGCUCCUCCGCCAGGCGGCCAGGGCCAGCAGUGACCUCUAUGAGCGGCCUACGCGUCGCAUCAUUGACGACACGGAGCAGGUCCUUGACAAGGCCCUCAUCCUCGUCCACAAAUGCCGUGGCAACAGCCUCAUCAAGCGGGUCUUUACCAUCAUUCCCACUGCUGCGUUCCGUAAGAUCUCCAUGCAGCUCGAGAACUCCAUUGGGGACGUCGCGUGGCUCCUCCGUGUGUCUGCCUCCACGGACAACCGGGACGAUGAGUACCUGGGGCUCCCUCCCAUUGCAUCAAACGAGCCCAUCCUCUGCCUCAUUUGGGAGCAGGUCGCAAUCCUCUACACCGGCUCGCUCGAGGACCGGUCUGAUGCUGCCGCCUCGCUGGUCUCCCUUGCCCGGGACAAUGACCGCUAUGGGAAGUUGAUCAUUGAGGAAGGCGGUGUCCCACCGUUGCUGAAGCUCGCCAAGGAAGGGAGGAUGGAGGGGCAGGAGAAUGCGGCGCGGGCGAUAGGCCUGCUGGGGCGGGACCCGGAGAGCGUGGAGCAGAUCGUUAAUGCUGGGGUGUGCUCCGUGUUCGCGAAGAUCCUCAAGGAAGGGCACAUGAAGGUGCAGGUGGUGGUGGCAUGGGCGGUGUCAGAGCUAGCUGCGAACCACCCCAAGUGCCAAGAUCACUUCGCCCAGAACAAUGUGAUUCGACUCCUCGUGAGCCACCUGGCGUUCGAGACCGUGCAGGAGCACAGCAAGUACGCAAUCGCAACCAAGCAGAAGAUGUCUAUCCAUUCGGUGGUCAUGGCAAAUAGUAGCAACAACAGCAGCGGCGAUGAUCAUCACUCGGAAAACCUGCACAAGGCCGAUGAUUUCCAUAUGCCGCACCCCAUAGGGCACGAGACUUCGAGCCAAAUGCACAACGUGGUGACCAACACAAUGAACCAGCAGCAGGGCGGUGCGGCCGAAAAGCCGCCACUGCAGAGCCACUCCAAGAACAGUAGUGGGAAUACUAGUAAGUCCAACCACCACCACCAUCAUGUGGCCUUUGCAGGGGGAAGCAUCAAGGGAAGAGAAUUUGAGGACCCAGCGACCAAGGCCCAGAUGAAGGAAAUGGCAGCGCGUGCCCUCUGGCAGCUCUCGAAGGGCAACGUCGGGAUAUGCCGGAGCAUCACGGAGUCAAGGGCCCUGCUCUGCUUUGCGAUACUGCUGGAGAAGGGGCCGGAUGAUGUGCAGUACUAUUCUGCUAUGGCACUUAUGGAGAUAGCAGAGGUGGCGGAGGAGCACGCAGAGCUGAGGCGGUCAGCCUUCAAGCCCACCUCGCCGGCUGCAAAGGCCGUGGUGGACCAACUACUUAAGGCGAUCGAAAAGGCCAAUAGCGACCUGCUCGUGCCGUGCGUGAAGGCCAUUGGGAGCCUGGCAAGGACGUUCAGGGCCACAGAGACAAGGAUCAUCGGACCACUAGUGAGGCUGCUCGACGAGCAGGAACCCGAGGUUUCUGUGGAGGCCACUGUGGCCUUGAUCAAAUUCGCGUGCACGGACAACUUCUUGCACGUGAACCACUGCAAGGCCGUCAUCCAGCACGGCGGCGUGAAGCACCUGAUUCAGCUCGUAUACUUCGGGGAACAGAUGCUCCAAACCCCGGCCCUCGUGCUCUUAUGCUUCAUCGCGCUCCACGUCCCUGAUAGCGAGGUCCUAGCACAGGAAGAAGUUCUCAUCGUGCUCGAGUGGUCCACCAAGCAAGCCCACCUCAACGACGAGCCAUCCAUCAGGAGCAUACUCCCGGAGGCCAAGAGUCGGCUCGAGCUGUACCAGUCCAGAGGGUCAAGGGGGUUCUACUGAUCGACCCAACGGGAUUGACGAAGUGUAACUUACCGACGUUUAGACUAGUUUUAGAAUUAAGGGCGGCCCAACACAAAUUUUUGGUUUCUUUGGUGUAAUCACGUCACAUGAAUGUAAAUAGAGUUUAGAAUUAUUAAUGCCAAAGUUUGAUGUUAAUUAGCCAAACAAGUCCAGAACGAUAAAGUCUAGGGAUUUGACCUAGUGGUUAAGAAAGA